AUGCUGGUGGGAGUAAUGCUGCUGAGGCCAUUCCUGUUGACUUAUUCGGGGAUGAGUAUAUGGAUCCAACAAAGGGCAAAAGUCACAAGAGGGGCCCUGCAACCAGCUAGACUGACAGUGGUCGUUCCAAAAAGUCACGGUCAAGUGGGUUUGAUGAUGUGUGCGCCUUUCACAUCUUAUGUACAAGCCAAAACAGGACAUUCACGUGCACGAGAAAAUGAGACUGAGGCUGUAAGUGCAGGUGGUGAUGAUUAUUCCCUUGAUGCAUGUCAAGAUGCAUUACUUGAGCUUGGGAACAUACCACCGUUGCAGUACAUUAGGGCACUGACACUAUUCAAGGAUAAGGAAUGGCGAAGACAAAGGCAAAUGUCAUCCGAUAGAGAAAACAAUACAAUGGAGUUCUCAUCUGAGGAGGAUGACGUUGUUGAUGAUUUUAUGGAUUUCUUGAUGAUUGCUUUAAUGCAUGACCAUAUCAACGCGUCAAAUAGAUUUCAACACUCCACGGAAACAAUUUGUCGGUACAUAAAAAUUGUUAUGAGGGCAUUGUGCAAGCUUUCAUCAUCGGUUAUCAAACCACGUAACCUAGAGGACAUACCGGGAAAAAUUUUAAAUGACAGGCGGUUUUUUCCCUGGUUCAAGGAUUGUGUCGGUGCUAUCGAUGGCACAUUGGUGGAUGCAUGGGUCCCUGCUUCAAGACAAAAUACAUUCCACUGUCGGAAAGCAACGGUAUCGCAAAAUGUACUCGCAGCUUGCGACUUCGAUAUGUUGUUCACAUUUAUUAAUUCUGGAUGGGAAGGUAGCGCUCACGACAACGCUAUUCUAGUUGACUCUAUUACACGAGCUGAUCUACAGUUCCCACACCCACCCAAUGGCAAGUACUAUUUAGUUGAUGCUAGUUUCACGAACAUACCUGGAUUUCUUGCCCCAUUUCGGUCUCAACGGUAUCACUUGCAAGAGUUUCGUGGCCAUCGUUAUGCAGGACCUAAGAAAUUGUUUAACCAUCGACAUUGGUCAUUACACAAUGUCAUAGAAAGAACAUUUGGUGUUUUGAAGAAGCGCUUCCCAAUAUUACGGUCCAUGCCAAAUUACAAGUCUACACGACAAGGGCCUCUCGUGAUUGCAUGUUGUGUAGUGCACAAUUGGAUCCGUUUGCAUGCAGCUAUGGAUCCAUUCUUUAUGGAAGCUGAUAAUGAAAUGGCUGCAGAAGCAAAAGUAGACGGGCUUGUUGGAGACCAAGCUGACUACGUUGACAUGUCACAACAUGGGUUAACGUCCCAAUCGAACGUUAGGGAUGCAAUUACUACUGCUAUGUGGCAAAAUCAUGUUCACUAUGGGCACUGA